AUGGCAUCUCCAGUAUCCGGGCUUGACGGGUUCCCAACUCAUUUAAGAAGGCGAACGGAUGACGUCGAUGGCGACAUUCUGAAUCGGUUUAUCCCGACCUAUUUCUGUCCGCCACUAAACUUGUUUAUCCAGAUCUAUGACUAUAUUUGUUCGCUUCACGAAGAGUGGACAUUCCUACUUUGGUCGCGAUGGACCAAAGUGAAAGUCCUUUAUAUCAUUGCACGAUAUGUCCCCUUUUUAAUCACCACCGUGCACCUGUAUCUGGCGGUGGCCCCGGACGAGAAUACCAAUAAAUGCCAGAUAUUGGUCUAUAUUAUCACAUCCUUGGGUCUGAUUUCGCUCACUUGCUCUGAAUGCCUUUUUGUCCUCAGAACGUAUGCGCUCUGGAACAAAAGUAAAAUUCUACUCGUAGCCAUGCUGUCCAGUCUUUUUGCUGUCACCGUAUCAUCCUUCAUCAUUAGUUUUACUUCUAUUAUCAUCUCUUAUUCUACGGGUAGCGCGAUUCCAGGCUGUCACCAGAGCUUCGGCAGUUUCUCAUUCUUCAUGCCUUUUACUCUCAUGUUUGUGUUCCAACUGGUACUGGUGUCCCUCACACUCGUGCGUGUCAUACGAAGUUGGCGGUCGGCCCGGCGCCCUCUGUACGCCAUCCUAUUGAAGCACAACAUAUUCUACUAUGCAUGUGGUCUGUUUCUCUCGGCCGUGAACGUCCUUGUGCCGCUGCUGCCGUUUUUUGAUUCUGUAUCCUACUUCCUCCCCGAAGGUUUUGAGACCUUUAUCCUUGCGAUCCUCGCCACGCGCAUGCACCUCCAUCUCUGGCAUAUGAAUCAGCACGUGGAUGGCUCUGACACCAUUGUGUGGAUAUCAAUGUCGGACAUGUCACCUGCAGAUCGUACGGUGUAA